UGACGCAGCUCCCGAACGAGAAGAGGAAGGAAGUCCAAAGCACCGGAAGCGGGAAGAGAAGCGGCAGCAGGAGGAAGAGGAGGAGGAGGAGGAGGAGGGCUCCGGCCGCCAUGGCCACGCCGGCCAAUGCCCAGAGUGCCAGCAAGACCUGGGAGCUCAGCCUCUAUGAACUCCACCGGACGCCUCAGGAGGCGCUGAUGGACGGGACGGAGAUCGCGGUCUCCCCGCGCAGCCUGCACAGCGAGCUCAUGUGCCCCAUCUGCCUGGACAUGCUCAAGCACACCAUGACCACCAAGGAGUGCCUCCACCGCUUCUGCUCCGACUGCAUCGUCACCGCCCUCCGCAGCGGGAACAAGGAGUGCCCCACGUGCCGCAAGAAGCUGGUCUCGAAGCGCUCGCUCCGGCCGGACCCCAACUUCGACGCGCUCAUCUCCAAGAUCUACCCCAGCCGCGACGAGUACGAGGCCCACCAGGACCGGGUCCUGGCCAAGCUCAACCGCCUCCACAACCAGCAGGCCCUGCGGAGCAGCAUGGAGGAGGGCCUCAAGGUCCAGGCCAUGAACAGGGGUCAGCGUGUCCGGAGGCACCCGCAUGAGUCGGACAAUGCCACCUUCAGUGGUGCGGAGGACAACUGCGACAGCCGCUCGCACGUGAGCAACGCCUCAGCCCCCAGCCAGAGCGGGACCCCCGGCCCCAGCCGCAGCAAGCGCUCCCGGGCCUCCGAGGACGGAUCGGGGGCCGAGCAGGAGGCCUCCCACGACGGAGGGGGAGGCGGAGGAGGGAGAGCGGAGGAGCCCAGCACGGGGGCAGGAGGCGGGGGCAACGGAGGCGGAGGAGGAGUGGGCAGCGGCAGCGAGAUCGAGCUGGUCUUCCGGCCCCACCCGGUCCUGGUGGAGAAGGGGGGCUACUCCCAGACCAGGUACGUGAAGACCACGGCCAACGCCACGGUGGACCACCUCUCCAAGUACCUGGCGCUGCGCAUCGCCCUGGAGGAGGCCCCCACCCCGGGCCCAGAGCCCCCCGCCCUGCGCGACGUCAGCGAGAAGCAGUACACCAUCUACAUCACCACCCCCGGAGGGGCCUUCACGACGCUGAAUGGCUCGGUGACCCUGGAGCUGGUGAACGAGAAGUACUGGAAGCUGAGCCGGCCCCUGGAGCUCUACUACGCCCCCACCAAGGAGCAGAAGUAGCCAGAAGAGGGGCCGUGGAGGGAGACGGGUGCGAGUCCUGGGACUCAGAGAGAGAGAGAGAGAGAGAGAGAAAGGGAGGCUGGCCUUGCCCUUGGGGGGAAACUCUCCUGCGUCCGUCCGUGCGCGUGAUAGAAGGAGCGUUGCAAACUGCAAAACCGCAUCCGGCUGAAAAGUCUAUCCCUGGCACCUUCCCUUCUCCUCCCCUACCCCCCAAAAUAGUAAUACUAGAGCAAAGAAGGACUCCUUCAGGCCCCGCUUUGGCUUCUCCUCCCUUUGCACCCCUUUGGCUUGGCUGACGGACUGACUGCUGCUCACCGGCUGCUGCUUCCCCCACAUUUUGGGGAUUUGGGGAGAGAACGAGGAGGAGGAGGAGGACGACGACAAUGAGGCUAAAGGCGUGAUGUUUUGCAUCCCUGGCCUUUUUACAGACACAGAGUUAUUUUCCUCCUGUUUUUUUUUUUGUGGAAAGGAAUUCAUCAUGGAAGUUUUAUGUCACUUUGGAAACUCA